AGGAAUUGGUCAAUUGUUAAUCUAUUGGGUCAUUACUCAAUUGAUGUUAGCAAUUGUCAAAAUUUCAUGGCGGAUUAGUCAAGGAGAACUGAACAGUUUUCAGAUUAUUAAUAGCAGCAUAAUGUCAUCAACUGCAUCAAAACUAGUAUUAGGUUUCUCCUGUAUUAUAACCACUGGAAUUGUUGCCUAUGUACAUGUUAAACAACAAAUAGACAGGGAAAGGAUGCAUGAUGGAGUCAUCAAAGAUACAGAGAGACAACAAAGAAGAAAGAUAGAAAAUUUAUAUAUUCUAGAAAAACAAAAAGAAUUGACAAAGCAACUAAAAAAUGAUAUGAGUAGUUGAUAAGAAUAUUAAAAAUGCUAUGUAGUAUCUAGUAACUAUUUAUUCUUAAAAUAUUGUAAAAUAUAAUAUAAUAACUA